AUGACUUCUCAGUUCUCUCGAGUCGAGUCCUUUGCGCCGGUUCUUCAAGAGUCAAUAUGGCACCAGCACCGUGACCUAGAAGCCUCAUCCGUGGAGGCGAGAAUCAGGCUUGCAUAUGAGCGAGCCCGAAGUCUCAUUAAUUCAGUGGGAAUGACAAUCGAGGACAUACGCUUGCUGAAGCCGAAGUUCUGGGACUUUCAUCGCCAUGCAAUAUCCCUCGACUCCGGUACCUGGACCAUCCUGUCCAUUCAUUGGAAUCUCUGCAUGGGCACAAUUAGCACCUUUCUUUCCGAGCGGCCGGACCUGCUGCCUUUGCUCCAAGCCUUAGAACGGUUCGAUACCUGCGGCGAGUUUUUACUGACCGAGCUGGGUCAUGGGCUGGACGUGAGGAACCUUGAAACCACGGCGACCCAUCAAGCCGAUGGCUCCUUCGUACUUCACACUCCCAAUCCUCGUGCAGCCAAGACAAUGCCUCCAAGUUCUCCGCACUCUGGAAUGGCGCGCACGGCUGUUGUUUUUGCCCGGCUCAUGGUAGCUGGUAAAGACCAUGGCGUAAGUCCAUUUAUCGUGCCUCUAAACGAUGCGUCGGGUGCGAUGUGCCGUGGCGUUUCAUGUACCCUAUUUCCCUCUCGUCCAGGAGCCAAGGCUAUCGAUCACGCCAUGACGAGCUUUAGCCACGUACCGCUGCCGGCUGAAGCCCUGCUCGGGCAUCUUCACAGCCCACCCAAGAACGAGCGAAAAGAAUUUUUGCGCGCUAUCCACCGCGUGACCGUCGGAACGCUUUGCUUAUCUACAAGCAACGCCGCCGUCCUCCGCUUGUCAGGCUGCAUUGCCGGUCGGUACAGUACCCAACGACAGGUCGGUGCGCCGAAUCCAGUUCCUAUACUUUCCUUCAGUACCCAGUACGGUCCCAUCGCACGAAUUCUUGCUCAUGCCGUCGUCUUUGACAAGUAUGCACUUGAGGCGACGCAGAUCUUCAUCCAAAACUUCGGAAAUCUAGACACGCAGAACGUUAUCGCUGGCGUUUACAAGGCUACCGUCAUCGACUAUACACAGAAGGCGCUAGGCGAACUCGUUGAAAGAUGUGGCUGGCAAGGCCUUUUCGCUCACAAUCAAAUUAGCGAACUAUGGCUCUCUGAAAAGGGUAAUAGCAUCGCCGAGGGCGACUAUUUGGUCCUCUGUAUCCGACUCGCGAGCGAGAUCUUACUUGGGAGGUAUGCCCCGCCAAAACCGCGCGACCCGCAGUGUCUUCUGGCGCGCCACGAGUCCGGGGUUUGGGGAGAGGCCCGGCAAGUAUGUGCGUCUCUUCACGGUGGGCACCGCGGGAAAGAGUUCAAUACCCGCCUCCUACCGCUGUCUCUGUCGCUAGUCCGGGCUACAGGCCAGCGCAUGACGUACGAGGCUGCCAAGGAUGCUAUGGUACAUCGAAACGAUGAUGGCCUGGGUGUGACGCCGCAAGUGUUGGCCUUGUAUGAGUCGACGUGCAUGAUGGAAGACCAAAGCUGGUAUGUUGAGAACGGCAUUAUGUCUCGGCGGGCGUUGUUGGAUCGCGAUGUCGAUGCAAUGAAUUCCGUGUUGCCGUUGUUGGAAGGCAUGAUCAACGAUCCGGCCGUUGACGCCUUCAUCAAUGCGCCAAUGGUUAACCAAGAUAGACUGGCUGCCUUUUUCUCCAGCUUGCCGUCAUUUCAGGGGCCAGAAGCCGAAGGGUUUCAAGCCAAAUUAUAG